CGAAAACAAAAUGGGAGCAGAAGGAGCAACCAAGGAUCAGCAUAAUGAACCAGUCUCCGCCAUGGACGUCUCCCUUGAGCUUGGAUACAAACAGCUAGACCCCAAUUCCUUGGACGACGAUGGCCGUCCGAGAAGAACCGGAACCACGUGGACGGCGAGCGCUCACAUCAUCACGGCAGUGAUCGGCUCCGGCGUUCUAUCCCUUGCUUGGUCCAUCGCCCAGCUCGGCUGGAUCGCCGGCCCCGUCGUUAUGAUUAUCUUCGCAUUUGUUAUAUAUUACACCUCCUCCCUCCUCGCCGACUGCUACCGCUCCGGCGACCCCGUCACCGGCAAGCGUAACUAUACGUACAUGGAGGUCGUCCAGGCCAAUCUGGGCGGGAUUAAGGUUAAGCUCUGCGGCUAUAUUCAGUAUAUAAAUCUCUUUGGUGUUGCGAUUGGAUACACCAUCGCCGCAUCCACUAGCAUGACGGCCAUAAAGAGAUCAAACUGCUUCCACGACAAUGGCGACAACAGCCCGUGCCACACUUCCAGCAACCCUUUCAUGAUUAUCUUCGGCGUCACGCAAAUCAUCUUCUCCCAAAUUCCCGACUUCGACCAAAUCUGGUGGCUUUCCAUCGUCGCCGCCGUCAUGUCCUUCACCUACUCCUCGAUCGGCCUCGCCCUCGGCAUCUCCGAAACCAUCCGUCACGGCCACUUCAAAGGCAGCCUGACCGGCGUCACCGUUUCCUCCGUCUCCCAAACCCAAAAGAUCUGGCACAGCCUUCAAGCAUUCGGCGACAUAGCCUUCGCCUAUUCCUACUCCAACAUCCUCAUUGAAAUCCAAGACACUAUCAAAUCCCCACCCCCUUCCGAAGCACAGGUAAUGAAAAAAGCUAACUUUUUCAGCGUCGCCAUUACCACCGUCUUCUACACGCUUUGCGGCAGCAUGGGCUACGCCGCCUUCGGCGACGCCGCGCCGGGGAACCUCCUCACCGGCUUCGGUUUCUACAACCCUUACUGGUUGCUAGACAUCGCUAAUGCCGCCAUAGUCGUCCAUUUGGUGGGGGCUUACCAAGUUUUCAGCCAACCUUUAUUCGCUUUUGUUGAGAAGUCGGCGAGGGAGAGGUGGCCGGAUUCCAGGUUUAUUAACAGAGAGGUGGUUGUGUCGAUCUCGAAGGGUAGGAAGUUUAAGCUGAAUAUAUUCAGGAUGUUGUGGAGAUCAACUUAUGUGAUCUUUACGACGGUGUUGUCGAUGAUGUUGCCGUUCUUUAAUGAUAUUGUUGGGUUGAUGGGAGCGUUGGGGUUUUGGCCAUUGACGGUUUAUUUCCCGGUGGAGAUUUAUAUUGUGCAGCAGAAGUUGGAGAGGUGGAGCACCAAAUGGGUUUGUUUGCAGCUGCUGAGUCUCGGAUGUCUGAUUAUAUCGGUGGCGGCGGCGGUCGGCUCGGUCGCAAGCAUCGUUGAUGAUCUCAAGGUGUUUAAGCCGUUCAGGAACAAUUACUGAUGAGGUGGCUGUGGUUUACCCUGCUAUUGUUUUUAUUCUUGUGCUCUGAAAAAGGCUAUUUUUGUUCUAUCUUCUUUUUCAGCUGUUUUUUUUUUUUUUUUUUAAUGAAUGAAAUUGUAUCUGUAAUGUAACAUGCACACUUGCGGAAAGCGGGUAUAUUUUAAAUUAAUGUUUAUUUUCG